AUGUCGACCCCAGGCAACCCCAACCCCCACCUGGCGGCAAUCGACAUCGUGGGCCCGUCCAUCCCUAGCGGCACCUUGAAGGAGCUGAACAAGCGAAUGGACGAGACUGGCGAUAGGCUGGCUGCCAGAUUCAACUCAAUCGACGACACUCUUUAUGAGAUGCUCCAGAUGAUGAAGAGCAUCAAAGCCAAAGUCGACACGUUCUGCCCAGACCCAAGCGACAACCUGGAAGGAUCUGAAGCGUAUGAAAGCGUACGUGACGAUGGCGAAUUCGAUUCUGGCCAAGGAAGUACUACGAUCAUCACCAGACACGAUCGACACGCACGCUACACAGGUAACAAACGACUGCCUGAUGGAAGCCUGAACCUCCAACGCGUCGCGCAAGGCAUUAGCGGCCUGCCGAUGACAGGGCAAGAAACGCAGAUCCAGAGCAUCUGGCCCCAGGUGACACUGCCUCAAGAAGCCAAGAAACUGGGCGAAACCCAGUCAAAGAACAAGGUGAAUAUCUCAGCAGGCCUGAGAUUGGUGAGAGCAGAUGACCGAGUGUUUGACAAGCUGGGUCAGAUCCAGACACUAUUGAAGAUAGCUCUGGUUCCCUACAAGCUGUGGGCUAGUAGGGUUGCUCUAGAGCUAAGUGGCGACUUCCAUCAAUAUUGCAAGGGCAUCAAGCUCUAA